GGAGGGAGACAGAGUUUCUGCCGAGUUGGGCCACUCACCGGCUUCCUCUCUAGUGACUGACAACAGCAAUUUAUUCGCCAUAAAGAAUCUUGGGAUAUCACCGGAAGCACAGUAGAUAGGUUUUCAAAGUGUCCUUGUGCACUCACCUAGAAGUUUGCCAAAAUGUACAGACAAUUUAUGAGACUUCAGCAGCUGUCCAGCCGGACUAUCUCCAGUAGUGCCCGCAGACAAGUGGACAACAUGGUCAGGGAGAAGCAGAAGCUGUUCCAGGCAGAUAACGGGAUACCAGUCCAUCUGAAGGGAGGAGCCAAGGAUGCUAUUCUGUACAGGGCAACGAUGGCCCUUACAGUCUUUGCUCGAGCUCAGUGAGGUUGGAUGGAGAGCAUUUGUGAACAGCAGUUUUCAGUUCUUUCCACAGAUUCUCGAUUGGAUUCAGGUCUGUACUUUGACUUGGCCAUUCUAACACCCGGAUAUGUUUAUUUUUGAACCAUUCCAUUGUAGAUUUUGCUUUAUGUUUUGGAUCAUUGUCUUGUUGGAAGACAAAUCUCUGUCCCAGUCUCAGGUCUUUUGCAGACUCCAUCAGGUUUUCUUCCAGAAUGGUCCUGUAUUUGGCUCCAUCCAUCUUCCCAUCAAUUUUAACCAUCGUCCCUGCUGAAGAAAAGCAGGCCCAAACCAUGAUGCUGCCACCACCAUGUUUGACAGUGGGGAUGGUAUGUUAAGGGUGAUGAGCUGUGUUGCUUUUACGCCCAAACAUAACGUUUUGCAUUGUUGCCAAAAAGUUCCAUUUUGGUUUCAUCUGACCAGAGCACCUUCUUCCACAUGUUUGGUGUGUCUCCCAGGUGGCUUGUGGCAAACUUUAAACAACACUUUUUAUGGAUAUCUUUAAGAAAUGGCUUUCUUCUUGCCACUCUUCCAUAAAGGCCAGAUUUGUGCAAUAUAUAUAACAAUCGACAAUCAGUCGAUUGUUGUCCUAUGGACAGAGUUUCCCACCUCAGCUGUAGAUCUCUGCAGUUCAUCCAGAGUGAUCAUGGGCCUCUUGGCUGCAUCUCUGAUCAGUCUUCUCCUUGUAUGAGCUGAAAGUGUAGAGGGACGGCCAGGUCUUGGUAGAUUUGCAGUGGUCUGAUACUCCUUCCAUUUCAAUAUUAUCGCUUGCACAGUGCUCCUUGGGAUGUUUAAAGCUUGGGAAAUCUUUUUGUAUCCAAAUCCGGCUUUAAACUUCUUCACAACAGUAUCUCGGACCUGCCUGGUGUAUUCCUUGUUCUUCAUGAUGCUCUCUGUGCUUUUAACGGACCUCUGAGACGAUCACAGUGCAGGUGCAUUUAUACGGAGACUUGAUUACACACAGGUGGAUUGUAUUUAUCAUCAUUAGUCAUUUAGGUCAACAUUGGAUCAUUCAGAGAUCCUCACUGAACUUCUGGAGAGUUUGCUGCACUGAAAGUAAAGGGGCUGAAUCAUUUUGCACGCCCAAUUUUUCAGUUUUUGAUUUGUUAAAGUUUGAAAUAUCCAAUAAAUGUCGUUCCACUUCAUGAUUGUGUCCCACUUUUUGUUGAUUCUUCACAAAAAAAUACAGUUUUAUAUCUUUAUGUUUGAAGCCUGAAAUGUGGCAAAAGGUCGCAAAGUUCAAGGGGGCCGAAUACUUUCGCAAGGCACUGUAGAUCAGGUCUAACUACAAACAGUGGAGUCAAAUACCAGUUUCUCACAUUUCCUGCUAUUUUUAUAAUUAGACCUUUAUUAAACAAGGCAAGUCAGUUAAGAACAAGUUCUUAUUUUCAAUGAUGGCCUAGGAACAGUGGGUUAACUGCCUUGAUCAGGGGCAGAAUGACAGAUAUUUACCUUUUCAGCUCGGGGAUUCGAUCUUGCAACCUUCCGAGUCUAGUCCAACACUCUAACCACUAGGCUACCUACCGCCCCUAUGCCUGUUAUAUAAAGCAUCUUUCUCCUCUCU